UACAAUAUUGUCAUGCGGUGUUAUUGAGCAUGUGCGAUGUGCAUUUUGUAUGUUUUAUUUAGAGGUGUGAAUGAAUUGAGAAUUACGUAUUUAAAAUUAUAAAAAUGAAGGAAAAGAAAAUGGUUCGAUAUUUCAAUACUGAAGAUAAAAAAGAAGAAAUAACAAAAGAAACAAAUCAAGAUGUAAAAGUAUAUAAAAUUAAACCAGCUGCCAGGAUAUUAAAAAUCCAAAAAUAUAAGAACCAAAAACAUAUUCAAACCAAGAAAAACAUUAAAAAAGAAAAUAAAUUUACUGGUAAGGCACCCAUUGACCCUGAAAAGUUACAACAUCAUUCAAGAGGCGAGGGUUUUGAGGGUAAAGGUGUAAGACAUCCUUUGUAUGCUUUAAAAUUAAAAAAGAAAGAAAACAAACUCAAAUAUGCCCAGGAACAAGCUGCUAGAGCAGAUAUUUUACUAACAGAAGACCAGGGUUUCUUAGAAGUUGAUGAAGAUAAUAGAACUACAGGAAUUACUCAACAAGUAAUAGCAGACAAUAUUGAUAUAACUGCAGCUACAAAAUCCUUUGAACUAAACUUAGAUUUUGGACCCUAUCAAGCCAAGUACUCACGUAAUGGAAGACAUCUACUAUUAGGAAGCAAUAAAGGUCAUUUAACUGCUUUUGACUGGGUGACUAAAAAGCUACACUUUGAAAUCAAUGUUAUGGAAUCUAUACAUGAUGUGAGUUGGCUACAUGUUGAAACAAUGAUAGCAGCUGCGCAAAAAGAGUGGUUAUAUAUUUACGACAACACAGGAAUGGAGAUACAUUGUAUCAAAAGGAUGGACAAAAUAUUGAGAAUGGAAUUUUUACCUUACCAUUUCUUGCUUGCUGCUGUUAAUGAAUUUGGAUUCAUGACAUGGCUUGAUAUUUCAAUAGGAGAAAUUGUCGGUCACUACAACAACAAUAUGGGAAGGACACCAGUAAUGACACAAAAUCCUUACAAUGCUACUCUGUGUUUAGGAAAUUCAAAGGGAGUGGUCUCAUUAUGGUCUCCAAAUGUUAAAAAACCAUUAGCAAAAAUAUUAUGCCAUAAAACACCAUUGACAGCUAUUGCUGUAGAUAAUAAUGGCAUGUACAUGGCAACAUCGGGAGUAGAUAGAAGUAUGAAAAUAUGGGAUAUUAGAAACCUUGAUGGACCAAUACAGCAUUACAAAUUACGUAGUGCUCCUGUACAUUUAGAAUUUUCUCAAAAAGACAUGUUAGCUGUGGGUCUAGGAAAUGUGGUUGAGGUCUACAGUAAUUGCUGUUCACAAACUGCAGAAAAACCAUAUUUAAGACACAAAAUGGGAAAAACUAUUAAAAAUUUCAAAUUCUGCCCCUAUGAAGAUAUUUUAGGAAUUGGUACUAGCACUGGUUUUACGAGCAUUAUUGUUCCAGGCAGUGGUGAACCAAACUUCGAUGCACUGGAAAGCAAUCCAUUCCAAACUAAAAAACAACGGAAAGAGGCUGAGGUUAAGGCACUCCUUGAAAAGAUACCUACAGAGCUUAUUACUCUUAAUCCAUAUGAGGUUUUGGAAAUUGAUGUACCAUCAUUGAAAGAUAAAAUAGAAGCAAGAAAGAGCCUUUUGUAUUUAAAACCGAAAAAGGUUGAUUUGACACCGAGAAAAAAGAAAAAAGGCAAAACAAAUAUUGCAAGAAAGAAAAUUAUAAAGGAAGCAGCCAGGAAGGAAUACAUCAACCAAUCCAUCGAGGCUAAGAAAAUACUUAACAUGCCACAAAAAGACAUUGGACCAAAACAAUCAUUUGGAGUACUUGAUAGAUUUGUACCUCGACCAAAAGUUAAGAAAUAAAUGUCUUCAAUAGAAAAACUUUUUAUUUUUUAAUAAACUUUUAAACUGUAUAAA